CUUGCGUGACGUUCCUAGGCAGCAGCUUAGCACCGGCGAGCAGCUGGCGCCAUGGCUCAUCAUCGGCGGCCGCAUCCCUCGGAUUCCUGCUCCUCACCGUCAACUCGGCCAUGGUGAUCCACAGCUCACGCGGCGACGCGGCGGCGGCGGUCCUCGUCAUCGCGCUGUACGCCAGCCUCGUCCUGCUCCUCCGCUGCCUGCGGCGGUUCGAGGCGGCGCCGCCCGGCUCGGCCGCCAAGGACCGGGCGAGGGUCGGCGUCUGGCUCGGCCCCGCGCUGGCUACGGCCUUGUUCUCUUCUUGCGUCCCGCUGAUGCCGGGGCUCAUGGCCGCCGCUGUCUGGCUGAUCGUUCGGUGACUACUACGUACGUGCUCGUCAGUUGCAAAAGCAUACGAGCUACACUACACGCGGCACCUCGAUCGCGCUAUCCCAGGCCGUAGCAGCAUGGCUGCCUCGCGGAGCAUUUCCAUGGCCGGCUUGUCAUCAUGCUGUCGUUGUGGUUUGAGGCGGCGCCGCCAGGCUCGGCCACCAAGGCCCGGGCGAGGAUUGGCGUCUGGCUGAACACGACGCUGCUCGCGGCGAUGUUUUGUUGGAGGGUCGCCGUGCUCACGCCAGAAGCUAAUGGCCGGCGUCCACAGUGAUAUGGGGCUUCUACGUGCGGGCUCUUCCAUGUUCCAUCUCCCCCGGCAGGCUGAAGAAUGUAAAUAAUUCAAGGAUAUUCUCAUGAUCCUCUAUACAUAUAAAAGGUGUUGAGUCGGUUAGUUGUGUAUGCAUACAUUGCUUGGUGUAUCUGAUUAUUGUAAAUUUAUUUCCUUCGAUACUGUUUGUAA